AUGGCGUGGCGGGCCUUACCGCUGCGUGCGUUUCUCCUGCCGCUCCUGCUGCCGCUUCCGGGGCUGCCCGCGGGCUCCUGGGAUCCGGCCGGCUACCUGCUCUACUGCCCAUGCAUGGGGCGCUUCGGGAACCAGGCUGAUCACUUCUUGGGCUCCCUUGCAUUUGCAAAGCUGUUGAACCGCACCCUAGCUGUACCCCCCUGGAUUGAGUACCAACAUCACAAACCUCCAUUUACCAAUAUCCAUGUGCCCUUCCAGAAGUACUUCAAACUGGAGCCCCUCAAAGCCUACCAUCGGGUCAUCAGCCUGGAGGACUUCAUGGAGAAGCUGGCCCCCACCCAUUGGCCCCCCGAGAAGCGGGUAGCAUACUGCUUUGAAGUGGCGGCCCAGAGAAGUCCUGAUAAGAAGACAUGCCCGAUGAAGGAAGGAAACCCCUUUGGACCAUUUUGGGAUCAGUUUCAUGUGAGUUUCAACAAGUCGGUGCUUUUUUCGGGGAUCUCCUACAGCGCCUCCUACAAAGACCAGUGGAUCCAGAGAUUUUCUCCAAAGGAACAUCCAGUGCUGGCCCUGCCAGGGGCCCCAGCCCAGUUCCCCGUCCGGGAAGAGCAUAGGCCACUGCAGCAGUACAUGGUAUGGUCAGAUGAGAUGGUGAAGACAGGAGAGGACCUGAUCAGCACCCACCUCAUGCGUCCCUAUGUCGCUAUUCACCUCCGCAUUGGCUCCGACUGGAAGAAUGCCUGUGCCAUGCUGAAGGAUGGGACCGCGGACUCCCACUUCAUGGCCUCUCCGCAGUGUGUGGGCUACAACCGUGACUCAGCAGCCCCUCUCACCAUGGCUAUGUGCCUCCCAGACCUGAAGGAAAUCAAACGGGCCGUGGAGCUCUGGGUGUGGUCUCAGAACGCCCGGUCUGUCUACAUCGCCACGGACUCCGAGAGUUAUGUGCCAGAGAUCCAGCAGCAUUUCAAAGGGAAGGUGAAAGUGGUGAGCCUGCAGCCUGAGGUGGCCCAGAUCGACCUGUACAUCCUUGGCCAAGCGGACCACUUUAUUGGCAACUGCGUCUCCUCCUUCUCUGCGUUCGUGAAACGGGACCGAGACCUCAGAGGGAAGCCGUCCUCUUUCUUUGGCAUGGACUGGCCCCCACAGUCUCGGGAUGAGUUCUGA